AUGGCAGAAGGCACGCUAGCUUCUGCAGUGAUUGUUCCGGAACAAGAAAAUCACGUCCCCUCUCCAGAAUCAGGACUCAAGCGAAGACAAUCCUCAACUACUGAUCUCGAGUCGGACAUCAAGCGUCGCCGUCUCAGCACCCAGAACGAUGACCAAGAUUCAGAAGAACCUCCAGCGCGCAGACAAUCGUCGCCGAAACUAGAAGUUCAGGACACAGAACGAAAACGCAACCGCCGAGAUGAGGAAAGGAAACGUGGACAGCGGUUAUUCGGUUCUCUGCUAGGAACGCUCUCACAGACAUCCAAUUCUGCGGCGCAACGGCGGAGAGCUGAUAUUGAGCGGAAGCAGCAGGAUAAGCUAAAGCUGCAAGAUGAGGAGUAUGGGGAGCUGAAGAAGAAAAGGUGGGAGGAGCGGUUGGCUACGCGCAAAAAGGAGCAGAAGUCAUACGAGAAGGAGAUGAUGCUUACUCGCCACGAGAACCUUUUGGCGAUGGCUCACUCUUUAAAAACAAAGUCGGAGCCUGCAUUGCUGCGGCCUGAAGAGGAAGAUAUUAUACAGGAUCAGGUCCGGGAAGCCGAGGCCACAAUCGCACGAGAAGUGGAGGAAUUCGAUGCGCGCAAUGCACAAGAGGACCAGCCAGAGACCGAUAGGCAGGAACAACCUGAAGAAGCUCAGGAGAAACUAGAGCAACAAGAGCCCAGUCAAGAUGCGCAAAACGACGAGGCAAAGGAACAGGAGGAGAAAGUACAAGCUGAGCAAAGCCAUGAGGAGGAGCCAGAAGAAACUAAGCCUGACGGCCCCUCCACUGAGGCCGUAUCAGCCAGCCCACAUCAAGAUGAGGACCAUCGAGGAGCAGAAGAUGAUGGAGGCGAGGUAGUUGAAGAUAACGAAGAUACGGUGAUCUAUUAG